AUGCUUGGAUGUGGUUGCUUAAGACGCAAUGCCAACUCCGAGCGUAGUCCUAGCCAGGACGAUGCGUCUUCCUGCAGGUCUUCGGAGUUGGAGCAGGCUGGUGGUGUCACUAAAAACCACCAAAAUAAUGCAGGAGGCCGUAAGAAAGACAAUGGUGGUCUUUUGGCAGUAAUAUCUUCUACAUCGGGAUUGUUCAAAGGAUGGAGGAAGACCGGACAGAUGAGCAUGACCAAAGUCGAAAGAACAAUGAAAGCAGCUAUUUUAAUUCAAAGAUGGUACCGAAGGUAUUUGGCACGUAUGGAGGUUAGGAGGAGGUACACAUGGACUAUUUUCCAGAGCAUUGAAUAUGCCGGAGAGCAGGAUCAAGUGCGGUUAUACAAUUUUUUCAACGCAUUAUUAACACACAUACCAGAUUCAGCAACAAAAUCAGCUAACUCUGCAGUUACUUCAAGAUCAUCUUCUUUAGAUGAAUCUGAUGAUGUAGAGGAAGGUCUCGGGAUGAGUGGGCCGGAUCGAGGUUAUAGGGGGCCACAUUUGAAUUUCCCGCUUCAGAGGAAGGAUUUGGAUGUACUCAUAGACACAUUUAGGAAAAAGAAACAAAGGCUGCACGCGCGCUACGUGGCCGGCAUUCUUAGAGAUUCCACAACCAAGCUGAAACGUCUUCCAAAUCUGAACCAGGCUUCCACAGCUAUUUCCCGACAAGUUACGAUAUGCGGAGACCUGCACGGAAAACUGGACGACCUUUUAGUAGUUUUUCACAAGAACGGUUUACCUUCGGCAGAGAAUCCAUACAUAUUCAAUGGAGAUUUCGUGGAUCGUGGUAAAAAAGGUCUUGAGGUACUAUUAUUACUACUGGCCUCUUUCUUAGUUUUUCCUGGAGGUGUUUAUCUCAACAGAGGUAAUCACGAAGAUCAAGUCAUGAAUUCCAGAUAUGGCUUUAUCAGAGAAGUUAAUCAAAAAUAUAAGCACAAUGCGGAACGCUUACUGCGGCUCAUCGAGGGCGUCUACCGCUGGCUUCCGCUGGGGACGAUUGUUAACAACCGCGUUCUGGUUGUUCACGGCGGUAUAUCUGAUUCAACGGAUUUGGAUCUGAUACGAAGUUUGGACAGAGGAAAGUACGCUUCAUUACUUAGACCGCCAUUAACUGAAAGCUCGGCGCCGGGGGCUGAAAUCAUUGAUAAAGUUGAAUGGAAGCAGGUUUUCGACAUUCUGUGGUCGGACCCUCAAUGCUCCGAUGGCUGUGUGCCGAAUGGGCUGCGGGGUGCGGGCACAUAUUUUGGGCCCGACGUGACGGCCAAAUUUCUAGCCAAAAACAAAUUCAUGUGCGUCGUCAGGUCACACGAAUGCAAACCGGACGGAUAUGAAAUGAUGCACAGUAAUAAGGUUAUAACAAUAUUUUCUGCAUCAAAUUACUAUGAAAUUGGUUCAAACAAAGGAGCUUAUUUAAAAUUGGUAGGAGCAGGUUUGGAUACACAUUUUGUUCAAUAUACUGCAGCUGCUUCAAAAACAAGAAGACUGACAUUCAGGCAAAGAGUGGGUCUUGUGGAAUCCAGUGCAAUUAGGGAACUUAGUGCAAGACUAAGGAGUAGACGAGCUGAACUAGAAAAGGAGUUCAAAAGUCGGGAUGUGGAAGGGACAGGUAUUUUAUCACUAACUCAGUGGUGCGAAGCGAUGGAAGCAGCUACUAACCUAGGGUUGCCUUGGCGUCUUUUGAGGGAUAAAUUGGCUCCAACGGCUACAAAUAGUGGUGUUUUAACCCCCCAAAUAAGUCAGACACCUAAAACAACUCCUAACAAAACUCAGAAUGGUGGUCCUCAUGAAAGUAAUACAAACACUGAGGAAAUUCCAAAAGUUACAGCAUCCGCACCCGGAGUUCUUUACAAAGAAACCCUGGCUGCUCUUGACACAGAUAUAAUUAAACAUGCACAAUCUGGAUGUACAUCAGUCGUAGACUCUUUGUACAGGAAUAAAAGCAGUUUGGAGGCAAUAUUUAGAAUUAUUGAUAAGGACAAUAGUGGAUAUAUAUCUCUGGAAGAAUUUGCUGACGCUUGUGCAUUAUUGAGAAGACAUUUACCUCCAGAUGAUACACAAGAACAAUUACUUGACAUGUGCAAAAUGAUGGACAUAAAUAAAGAUGGCUUAGUAGAUCUCAACGAAUUUUUGGAAACCUUUAGAUUAGUUGACUCAAAUAGGGAAAAUGCUCCUGAAUUAUAAGUAU